UUAUGUGUAAGGUAUCUGAGAUAGAAAUCCUGAAGUGUCAUUAGAGGAGAUCGAAAAGUCACAGUCCCAGCAGCAACACUAUUUCCCUGAGCACUGGUGGGUACGCAGAGUGAUCUUCAGUCAGUGUUCAGAGUCAACAAAUCGAGUGAUGGAUGUGCUUUGAAAGUGUGACAGUGUGCACGUGGGGACAUGAGCACCGGGAUGUGAUCGGACCAGUAAAGAUGACCCUGCUGGGAGGUGAUGGAUCCGACUACGACUAUAGCGCCUUGAGCUGUGCCUCUGACACCUCCCUCAACCCACCACCUCUGCAUGAAGAGGAGGCUCGAAAAGGGGCCUUUUACAACAGGGCGCAGCUUGCCCCUGACCUCGGUGGUAUCCAUGGAGACACACCUCUGUCCAGUGCGCGUAAAGUCCAUGUCAUCAUAAAUGUGGGUGGCCUGCGUUAUCAACUGCCUUGGACCACCUUAGAGGACUUCCCCCUGUCUCGUCUGGGCCAGCUGCACCUUUGCAGUACUUUUGAUGACAUUAUGCGCAUCUGUGAUGACUAUGAUGUCACACAUAAUGAGUUCUUCUUCGACCGCAGCCCGUGUGCCUUCCGUACCAUCCUGACCUUCCUGAGGGCAGGUAAGCUUCGCUCCCUCAGGGAAAUGUGUGCACUCUCCUUCAGGGAGGAGCUGCUCUACUGGGGGGUCCCUGAGGAGAACCUGGAGUGGUGCUGUCGCCGGCGUCUGCUGCAACGCAUGGAGGAGUUUGAAGCAAUGGAGCGAGCAGAGGAGGAGGAGGAAUUCUUAGAGGAUCUGUUGGAUUCAGACAGUGGAAACAGAGACCGUGGUGCAGAGUCCAGGCUGAAUCGGUGCAUGGCCCAGCUCAGAGACAUGGUGGAGAGGCCUCACUCUGGCCUCCCAGGGAAGAUCUUCGCCUGUUUGUCAGUGCUGUUUGUCACCAUCACUGCCAUCAACCUGUCCAUCAGCACCAUGCCGGCUAUGAGGGAGGAGGAGGAGGCGGGCACGUGCUCCCAAAUGUGCUAUAACAUCUUUAUCGUGGAGACCGUGUGCGUGGCCUGGUUCUCCCUGGAGUUCACCCUGCGCUUCAUUCAGGACCGCAGUAAGCUCACCUUCCUCAGACAACCCCUGAACCUGAUCGACGUGGUGGCCAUCCUGCCCUACUACAUCACCCUACUGGUGGACAGCACCUCCAAAGGGGAGAAGAGGCUGGGAUCAGGCAGCAGCUACUUGGACAAAGUGGGUUUGGUGCUGCGUGUCCUGAGAGCCCUGCGGAUUCUCUACGUGAUGAGGCUGGCUCGCCAUUCUCUGGGCCUGCAGACUCUGGGACUGACCGCACGCCGCUGUACAAGAGAGUUUGGCCUGCUCCUCCUCUUCCUCUGUGUAGCCAUCGCACUAUAUUCCCCUUUGCUGUAUUUGAUUGAGAAUGAAAUGGCUACAACACAGGAGUUCACCAGCAUCCCUGCUACCUACUGGUGGGCUGUGAUCACCAUGACAACAGUGGGAUACGGGGAUAUGGUGCCGAGGAGCAUCCCUGGUCAGGUGGUGGCUCUAAGCAGCAUCCUGAGUGGGAUCCUACUCAUGGCCUUCCCUGUCACAUCCAUCUUCCACACCUUCUCACGCUCAUAUGUGGAGCUGAAGCAGGAGCAGCAGAGGUUACUGCAGAGGAGGACACAUUUUCUGCUACGGAGCCGAAUGGCCGGUCUGGGCAGCAACCUCUCACUGGAGAGUGAUAUGCUCUUCCCUAUAGGGUCGUCUGACACCAGAGACUUGGAUGACUGAAGCGUUCACAGUCAUUUCCAAUCACGGAAAUGAAAGAUGGCAUAUACAAGAAUAGAGUGAGUCUAUUGGAGAUAGUGGAGGUGUGAUAGCCCAACACAUCAGACAGGAAAACAUAUGGAAAAUGUCAUAGUGGCAGAAGCAAAAAAAAGUUUUUUUUAUUCUUCCCAGAGAUGUGUAGCAUUGACUGGAUAGACCCUAUGAAAGAGAGAAGAGAAUGAGGAGAGGAAAAAAAAAAAUCCUGGAAAAAAAGUGCAUUACAGCUUGGUAACAGUUGAUCAUAUAUAAAUCACAAAACAUAGAAGUAUUCAAGCACAACAAUGACAUACAGUUUAACAGUCAUAUGCUAAAACAAACACACAACAUCCAGAAGAGUGAAGUAUGUGAUAUGAUAUUAAAAAAAUAAAACUUAAAGAGCACAAACAUAGCACCCCUACAGUCCAAGUACAUAGUGAUGUUUUUUGAUGUUUUUUUUUUUUUCUUUUUCCAAACAUUUUAAUGGGUUUGUUGUAAAGUGCUCCUGGGAGUCAUUGUAUUUAAUGGAAGAUGCUCUUUGCUUUUGCCCCUAGGGUUAAGUGAAUUUUUUAAAGCA